UGUUUGUACGAAGAGAACCUUAAAACGAUAUCAUAACACGUCGGAUUCAAACCUAAACAGAGCACAACAUUUCGAUUUACUCCUAAAUAAGCGCUGAAGAAACGGUAGUGCUAUGUCGCAAAAACAAGAUUCUACAUCGGACGCUGAACCUGUAAAAUUACAGGCAGCCGAUGAUAAUUUAAGUGAGACAGCUACGGUCAAAGCGGCGGGAAAGAAAAAGUUUACAAUAAUAGAACCAGCAGUGUUUCUAGUUUACAUUGCCACAGCUUUGGUUGCUGCGGUAUUACAAAAUCAAGAACUUUACCAAACUUGUGUUGUCGUUUACGGUUACGAUGAAGAACUUUGUGAGCCCAUGUUGGGUGUUAUAGCCAAAAAUGAGACAUCACGUGACAUUGAGACCAAAGUGCAACCGUAUGUGGCCAAAAUUAUUAUGACAAGUUCAGUGAUUAGCAGCGUUUUGCCCGCAUUUCUCAGUUUAUUCAUUGGACCAUGGUCGGAUAAAUUUGGACGUAGACCAAUACUGGUGGCAACAUUUUCAGCUGCAUUUACUGGACAUAUUAUAACGGUGAUAUUAGCGCUGAUAUCCAUGGCCACACCCUUGAAUCCUUGGGUUUAUGUUAUAUCCAACAUACCAUUGGCACUAACUGGUGGCACUUGCGCGCUGAUAACAAUGGUAUUCUGUCUGGUUUCCGAUGUGUGUGAUGAGGGCGGCAGAGCGAGACGCAUGUUUCUCAUAGAGGGCGCUCUGGGUAUUGGCACCAUGGUUGGUAAUUUAAUCAGCAGUUAUAUAGUCGCUGCUACCAGCACUAUUGGUGUAUUCAUUAUUGCUGCUUGCAUGGAUUUGGUUGCAUUGUUGUAUUUGGUCUUCUUUAUUGGCGAAAGUUUGCAGGUGAAACACGAACGAAAUGAGUCACAUUUCCGCGAGUUCUUCCAUUUCGAUCUGAUUAAGAAUCUGGUUAAAAGUUGCCUCAAACGCCGACCACACUUUGAUCGCGCCAUUAUUUGGUGUAUAAUGUUCAUUUUAAUUUCGACAACCUUCGUACAGCAGGGUGAAGGCAAUGUAUUGUAUCUAUUUCUGCGCAACAAAUUCAAUCUCACUCUGCAGGAAUUCACCAUUUUCAAUGCGUCCGCCAUUGCCAUUAAAAUGAUUGGUUGUGGCAUUGUUUUGGUGUUAUUGCGUGUGGUGUUGAAGGUCCCCAUAACUAUGGUCGCCAUAUUGGGCUUGUUGUGCAGCUUAACCGAUAGUUUAAUACGCGCUUUGGCCGAAAAAUUCUGGCAAAUGUAUUUGGCUGCCACAUGUGGCUUUAUGGGUGGCAUUAAUAGUCCUAUCUUGCAGGCGGUACUAGCCGGUUUGGUGGAGCCCACGGAAAUCGGCAAAGUAUAUGCGGUGAUUUCCUCACUGCAAACACUCUCGCCGUUGGCGUCGGCGCCAGUUUACACCGGUAUUUACAAUUCGACUUUGGAAGUAUAUCCCGGUGCAUUUUACUUCUUCAGCGCAGCACUUUAUUUCAUAAGUUUAACGCUCAUUACAACCAUAUUCGUUAUGCAGCAACGAAGUGCCAGAGCAAAGAAAGCCAAUUCAGCAGCAUAAUGACUGAUAGCUGAAUAGAAGCUCAAAUGAAAAUUUGUAAUUUUUCGAAAUUCGAUAUUGUCAUGUCAGCUUAGAUUCAACUUUCUUAUGGAUUAAAUGUGGAUUAUUUUCCAAGAUUUGUUAAAUGGGAAAAGUUGCAAAUAAAUGUACAAUAAUAUUGCAUAAAUAUAUGUAAGAAUAAUUAAUAGUGAGGAAAAAACAAUGAAUUUGCUUAAUUA